AUGAUAUUAAAAUUAAAAAAAUAUAAUAUUUAUAAAUAUUUAAAAAAUUUUGGAAAAAAUAAUAAAGGUUAUAUAACUGUAUAUAAUAAAGGAGGUGGAAAAUUAAAAUAUAAUUAUAAAUUAAUAGAUUUUUGGUAUGAUAAUUAUAAUAUAAAAAUAAAUUAUAAAAUUUUUUUAUUUAAAAAAUUAAAAAAUUAUUUUAGAAAUACAUAUAUAGGAUGUAUUUUAUAUUUAUCGCAAAAUUUAAAUAAUUUACAAAAAUAUAUUAUUUUAAAUUAUAAUUGUUUAUUAAAUUCUAUAUAUUAUUUAACUAAUAUUAAUAAUAUAAAAAAAGGAAGUUAUAUACAAUUAAAAUAUUGUAAAUUAGGUAUUUUUAUAUAUAAUAUAUCAAUAAAUACUAAAGGUAGUAUUUUUGUAAGAUCUUCAGGUACUUUUGCACAAGUAUUAUCUUUUUAUAAAGAUUUAGUAUAUAUAAAAUUACCUUCUAAAAAGUUAAAGUAUAUUAAAAAUAAAUGUUUUUGUUAUAUAGGAAUAAAUGAUAAUAUUAUAUAUAAUAAAUAUAUAAAAAAGAAUGCUGGAUAUAACAUUUAUUAUAAUAAAAAACAACAUGUUAGAGGUAAAGCAAUGAAUGUAUGUGAUCAUCCUCAUGGAGGAGGGAAAGGAAAAACAGGUAUUGGACGUAAAUAUCCAUGUUCUAGAAAAGGAUUACAUUCUAAAGGUUAUAAAACAAAAAAAAUAUUUAAAUAA